CCCUGACACAGAGCUGCUGCCACUGCUGAUGUCUCUCCACACAAGCUGGCAUGAGACUCCCUCCACUCUCUUCCUCAGAGCGCCAGAUUGGACAGGACUGACAUCUCCCACUACAAGACUGGACGGGUCACACUAAUGUGUAUAGCUGGAGUAGUCAACCAUAUUGAUGAGCCACAGCCGAAUCAAAAGGCAAAACCAGCAUGACAGCAUCUGUAAGUUAUUUAUCCGCGCAUGUGUUGCCGCCUUGCUGUAAAUAGUAGGCCUGUUCUUGUAUUCCAUCUUUAUUUUCGUCUGAGAAAAUGUUAAAUGACUGAAAGGGUGGCCUGAGAGUUAAGUGAAGAGGCCAAGCCUGUGUGUCUGACUUUCCGUGCUUGACUGAGUGAGCAGCUGCUGCAACAUGCCAGUGGUGAAAGUGGAGAAAGACUCCCCGUCAGAGACGACACUGCCCGUGCCCAACCCCCAGACGGCGGACACGGCCAAGGGCCGUCGGAGGAAGCGGCCGCUGCAGCGAGGGAAGCCCCCGUACAGCUACAUCGCCCUCAUCUCCAUGGCCAUCGCCAACUCCCCCGACCGCCGCCUCACCCUCGGUGGCAUCUACAAGUUCAUCACGGAGCGCUUCCCUUUCUACCGGGACAACUCCAAGAAGUGGCAGAACUCCAUCCGUCACAACCUGACCCUCAACGACUGCUUCAUCAAGAUCCCACGGGAGCCCGGCAGGCCUGGAAAGGGCAACUACUGGGCUCUGGAUCCCAAUGCAGAGGACAUGUUUGAGAACGGCAGCUUCCUGAGGCGAAGGAAGCGCUUCAAGCGCUGUGAUUUCACCACCUACCCCUCCUAUGUCCAUGAGCCUCCUGUCUUUGCUCCUAUGCAGAUUGCUCGCUCUGCAUAUGCCAACAGCGUCUAUUCCAACAUGGCUGUCAGCCCACCAUACAGCCAGCAGCUGCCCCCCACCUAUUACCCCUCAUCCUCCCCUGGCUUCAAUUCAGGCCAAUCUCACGUCUUCAGCAUCAACACCCUCAUCGGCCCCCAUGGCGGCCCCGAGAUGGUGGGCCAACAGCCCUGCCGCAGCUUCAAACCGGAGGGGGCCUCCUGCAGCCUCGCCAGCCCCAGCUUCCAGAGCCAGCCCUGCAACACCAGCUCCAUGCACCCGCACCCGCACCCGCGCUGCACCUCUGCAUCCAGCCACAUGGCCUUCACAUACUCUGGGCCAGCAUCACACAGCCAUGGGUCGGCACAGGGGCUUUACUCACAGAACAGCAGCCAGAGCUACGGGCCAUCGGGCAGGCUGGCAAUCACAGGGUCGUCACCAAUGGCAGCCGACCCCGUUGGAGAUCCGUAUGGCAGGGUAUCUCCUGGCCAGAUGAGCUCCUUUGCGCAAUACAACAAUGGUGGAGCAGGAGCGUACCUGCGGCCCUCCGCAUACUCUGGUAACAUGGACAGAUUUGUGUCUGCUAUUUGAACUAUUAGCCAGAAAGAGAGACAUGAUCCCUGCGUUUGCAGUUGGCCACUGGACAGUUGAGGCAAAUGUCUUUCAAAAAUGUUGGUGCAUAAGCUACGCUAUAUAUUUAAAGAUAGGAUUGUCUGUUUUGUCUAAUUUCCAUUUGUGGCGAAAACGUGAUAACUGACGUCCUUUCAUCUCUGUUGUCUUUUUUAUAUAAAAAAAUCAAAACACCAAGUCACUUGGUGGUAAAAACAGAAAACAAACUUGUUAAAUGAUCUUCAGAUCACUGGAGUACCUUUCCAAAUUUGGAUGUACAGGUAGACUUUUGCAGUACUUCUUUGGGUCAAUUCAAUGCAAAACUGUGCAUGUCCAUGAUGGUUAAGUCUCUGUGAUUAAUCAUUUGAAGACAUUGCAUUUUGGAAAACAAUGGGUAUU